AUGGUGGGUGGGGAGGAUGAGGAGAAUAUCGUGGUGGAAGAUGGAGAGGACACGGUGGCGGUAGUGGAUGUGCUCGCUGAUAAAAUGCUCCGGCGAAUAUGUGUCAAACUACAAAAUAUAUGUGGACGCAUUGAUCUAUAUAAUGAGUUUGAGGAUGGGAUGGACAGACGGGUUGUUAUAUGUGGGUCAGUGUUGUCGUUAGAUAUAGUCAUCCCCGUUCCCGUUUCUACUUCCGCGCCUGGUGAAGCUGGAAUUCAUGGAAUCGCCGUGGAAGAUCGUGAAAUCGUGCAAUCGUGUCGUCUCCAUCGCGUCAAAGGAAAGAAAAUCCAGAAGAAGAGGAUUUGCGGGUUUAAUAUGGCUUCAAAUGCGGAUAAUGGCGAAAAUAAUACUGGAGUUGAAACUGAUCGUGGUUGUGCAUCCAAGAAGAUCGCUAAAAAUACUGCAGGAAAUAGGAGUGACAAAGCUUGGAAGCAUGGAAUUUCGGUUGAUGGAGAUGCCAAAAAAAUAAAAUGCAAGUAUUGUGAUAAAGUGGUGACAGGAGGAGUGUAUAGGUUGAAACAUCAUUUGGCAGGAACAAAAAAAGAUGUUGAACCUUGCAUGGGUGUUUCUGAUGAGUUUGAAGAAAAGAUACAAAGUAAAGAUGAAGGAGUAGAAGAAGAAGGGGAUGCCUUAGUUGGUGAGAAGAGAAGGGGAAAAGAAAUACAGACACCAGCAAGUCUCUUUAAGAAAAGGGGUGUGAGCACUCAAACAACAAUCAACUCAAUUUUUAAGAAGGGCUUAAGGGAAGAGGCGUGUGAUGAAAUUGCUUCGUUCAUCUACAAUAAUGCUAUUCCCUUUAAUGUUGCAAGGUCUGAAGAAUACUAUAACAUGUUUGAGAAGGUUGCCCGCCAUGGAUUAGGAUUUAAGCCACCUUCUUAUGAUGAGUUAAGAGGAAAAUUAUUGAAGAAGAAGGUAGAGUCAACCAAACUAACAUUAGAAGAACAUAAAGCUGAAUGGAAGAAAAUUGGUUGCACUAUUAUGACAGAUGGUUGGACGGAUAAAAGAAGGAGAACUAUUCUCAACUUUCUUGUGAAUAGUCCUAAGGGAACUGUUUUCUUGAAAUCCAUUAAUGCUUCUGAUAUAUGCAAAACAGCUGAAAAGAUAUUCAAGAUGAUUGAUGAAGUUGUAGAGGAAGUGAGAGAAGAGAAUGUGGUUCAAGUUGUAACUGAUAAUGUAGCUAACUACAAAAAGGCAGGACAAAUGUUGAUGGAAAAGAGAAAGAAUCUUUAUUGGACUCCUUGUGCCGCUCAUUGCAUUGAUUUGAUGCUUGAAGAUUUUGAGAAGAAGCUAGAUCUUCACAAAGACACCAUUGCCAAAGGAAGAAAGCUAACUACUUACAUAUAUUCUAGGACUUCUCUAAUUUCUCUUUUACAACAGCACACCAAAGGAAGAGAUUUGGUGAGACCAGGUAUGACGCGAUUUGCUACGUCCUACCUUACUUUGGGUAGUCUUAAUGAGAAGAAGAAUCCAAUAAUUAGAAUGUUCAUCUCGGAUGAAUGGAAGGAAAGCAAGUGCUCAAAGACAAGAGAUGGGAAAAACAUUGAAAAUAUUGUUUUGGAUAAAACAUUUUGGAGAAACAUUAUCCAUUGCUUGAGAGGUGCUUAUCCUCUUCUUCAUGUGCUUCGUAUAGUGGAUUCAGAGGGUAAGGCAGCUAUGGGAUAUAUGUAUUCUGAAAUUGAUCGUGCUAAAGAAAAGAUUAAAGAUGCUUUUCAAAGUGUUGAACUAAGUUAUAAACCUUUGUGGGAUAUUAUUGAUGCAAGAUGGGACAAGCAACUCUUUAGGCCUUUGCAUGCUGCAGGCUAUUAUUUGAAUCCACAAAUUCAUUAUAGUCCUAAUUUUAAGGUUGAGUAUGAUGUUAAAAAAGGACUUUAUGAUUGUUUGGAUAUACUUGUGGGAGAUCCUGCACUCAUUACAAUUAUUGAUAGUCAACUUGAAGAUUUCAAGAGUAAGGCUAAAUUUUUUGGUAGAGAUGUAGCCAAGAAUGCUCUCAAAACCAAAACACCCUCACAAUGGUGGGAUUCUUAUGGGGAUGAACAUCCAGAACUUCAAAAGUUUGCUAUCCGUGUCUUGAGUUUGACUUGUAGUUCAUCAGGAUGUGAGCGCAAUUGGAGUGCUUUUGAGAUGGUUCACACGAAAAGAAGAAAUCGUUUGAAGACAAGCACAAUGAAUGAUGUUGUUUUUGUGAUGACCAAUUCAAGAUUGGCAAGAAAGAAGCCAUCAAGAAAUACUGCUGAUUAUAGCCUUGAAGAUUUGGAUUCAGAUGAAGAAUGGAUUGUGGAAGAUGAAAAUAUGAUGGAAAAUAUGGAAGAAUUUGACACACAAAAUGAUGUAAACUUAGCCCCUCAAGAAGAUAGAGGUAAAGAUGGGGGUCCUUUGAUUGAUUUGGAGAUUCCUCUUCUUGAUGAUGAUGCUUUCAAUGAGCUUCUCAACUUUUCUCCUAAUGAAAAUCAAAAUGUUGGAGAACAUGAUGAUCAUGACUUUAAUAAAUUGCUUUAG